GCAGCAGUUGUUCAAUUCAUUCUCCACUCAUGCAUGUUGGCUGGAUUAACUGAAAAUUGUCAACCCAUUUUCAGAAUGAUCAGUGUCAAGAAUAAGACAGAAGCUAAAAAAUUCAUCAUUGAAAAGCUUCAUAAAAACUUACAAGAUUUAUCCAAAGCUUUGUCAAGAAAUGUUGAUGAUUGUGUGCUAAUUCUAAUGAGGAUUUUACUAAGAAUCAUCAAUAAGGGUGCAGUUGCGUACCCUCAAAACUGGUCAACAAUUGAAAGUCGUCGUGAAUGGGAAAAAGUAUUUCAAAAUGAAUAUCUGUUGCCUGUGUUUCAAGAUAUUGAUACACAGAUACAAGAUGCAAAACAAUUAAUGAAACAAGCUGAAGAUGAUGAAAGAGAACCACUGAACAGACUCUUGAAUGAUAUUAACUCUGAUGAUGAAAUUGAAAAACGCUUUGAUUGGAAACAUUGUUUCUUCUGGAAUUAUUUUAGUCAACCAACCCCUGAACACCUAUUACAAGUUUUGUCUGACAAGACUGAAAAGGGUCAUGGUGAAGUUUUGAAAUUGAUUCUUCAAACACCAGAUAUUUAUCUACUUAUGCAUUUGGAAGAUAUUCUGAAAUUACAACAUGUUAUGAUUGAGAGGUAUAAAUACAAUAUCGAUAUGCAAGAAGCAGACCAAAGAACCUUUGAGGAUCAUGUACAUCAAGAUGGAUUUGAUGAUGAAGCCUCAAUUGAAAAAUAUAUUAUUGCAUGGAAUUCUAUCUGCCCUCAAUUACAGGAUUUUGCUCCAAGCUUGUUGAAAAACUACUUUGUACCAAUUACAAAACAGAGCUCUUUAUCUGUCGCUCUUCCUAGUAUGCGUGGUCGUGGACAAUGUGCAAAAUUACUUGCUGAAUAUUUAAUUGAGAUUCAGAAUUCAUUUCUUUCAAACUGUCACAGAGCUAUGCGAUUAGCUGAAAGAAAUGAAUAUGCUGAUGUUCUGCAACUUGUUUCAAAUGAUUUUAUUUGCACCAAGAAACAAGAUCUCUUACUUUUAAUUAAUGAGCAUUCCAAAUAUGAUAUUUUGACGAAUGAACAAGAAAAACAACAUUUGAUGUCUUACAAUAUUGAUGCUUUAGAAAAACAGGUUCAAGAAGAAUUCGUUCGCAGCAAGAAGCUAAUUGAUAAGAAGACAUUACCUUGUAUGAGCUAUCCUCAGGAUGUUGGAAUUGGUGUUGAUUGGGGUAGAGUUGUAGCAACUACAGAUCAGAUACCAUUGACAGCUAAGCUAUCUCAAGAUAUUGACAGAUUAGUUUCAAAAUGCCAUUCCUCUGAGAUAUGUGAAGUGGUUAGAACUUUAACAAACGCUAUCACCUUUUUGUCUAAGGUGAAAAUAAGAUCUGAAAGACCGCUCUGUGAUUUUCUUGAGAAAGAUCUGAAAAUGAUGUCAGCCCAGACUUCUAUGAUACCAAGAUCCACCAAUACCAUGCCAUGUUCUUUCUUUGUAUCAAAGUCAAUCAAGAAGAGAUUCCCGAAUAUAUCAGAGAAAAAGUUGAAAGAUACUUUUAAACAAAUGGAUGUUUGUCAUGCUUUACAAAAGAAUCAACGAAAUGUUGAUCAACUUUCAGAAAGUAAUGCUGACUGGAGGUGA